UGUUUUUGUUUUCGUUUCGAGUCGAUCAAUCUCUUAUUAGUGUUUUGAGAAGGAAAUUCAUUCUAGAAGGUCGAAAAUUCUAUCGCCUCAUCAGCCUGAAUAUGGUUCGCAAGAAAAUCGACAACAGAAUCCGACUAUUAAUUGAAAAUGGAGUCAAACUCGGUCACAGGACAAUGUUUGCCAUUGUUGGAGACAAGGGACGAGAUCAGGUGAUCAUUCUACAUCACAUGCUGUCCAAAGCGGCAAUCAAAGCGAGACCCAAUGUGUUGUGGUGCUACAAAAAAGAGCUUGGAUUCAGCAGCAAUCGAAAGAAAAGGAUGAAACAGCUUCAAAAGAAAAUAAAAGCGGGGAAACUGGAUGUCAAUGAAGAUGACCCUUUCGAGCUGUUCAUUUCGUCCACUGAAAUUAGAUAUUGCUACUACAAGGACACUCACAAAAUUCUCGGCCAAACAUUCGGCAUGUGCAUUCUUCAGGAUUUUGAAGCCAUGACUCCGAACCUCCUAGCAAGAACGGUUGAAACAGUCGAAGGAGGAGGACUGGUGAUUCUUCUCUUGAAAUCUGUGGACUCUCUGAAGCAGCUGUACACCAUGAGCAUGGACGUCCACGAGAGAUUCAGAACAGAAGCGCAUCAAAAUAUUGUCGGACGCUUUAAUGAAAGAUUUCUCCUGUCUCUCUCCUCAAACUCGAGAUGUCUGGUCGUCGAUGACCAGUUGAGUGUCCUUCCUUUGUCUUCACACGUCCUCAACCUGGAGCCAGUGGGAGAGGUUGGCAUUCCUGAGGGGGAAACAGAGCUGCUUGGCCUGAAAGAGAGUCUGCAAGACACGCAGCCAGUGGGCGCGCUGGCCAACAUCUGCCAAACUCUGGACCAAGCCAGGGCCCUCCUCAAGUUUAUCGAGGCUAUUUCAGAAAAGUCGCUGCGCUCGACUGUCUCUCUAACUGCGGCCAGAGGAAGAGGAAAAUCUGCUGCUCUCGGACUGGCCAUCGCAGGCGCCAUCGGUUUUGGCUAUUCCAAUAUUUUUGUCACGAGUCCCAGUCCUGAAAACUUGAAGACUUUGUUCGAGUUCGUUUUUAAAGGUCUGGAUGCGUUGGAGUACCAGGAGCAUUUGGACUAUGACCUGGUGCAGUCUUCCAAUCCAGAAUUCAACAAGGCUGUGGUGCGAGUGAACAUUUUCAGGGACCACAGACAAACCAUUCAGUACAUUCACCCCACUGACGCCCAAAAACUGGGACAAGCGGAGCUGUUGGUCAUUGAUGAGGCUGCUGCAAUUCCUCUGCCUUACGUCAAGAGUUUGUUGGGCCCUUACUUGGUUUUCCUCUCUUCCACAAUCAAUGGAUAUGAAGGAACAGGCCGAUCUCUGUCCUUGAAACUGUUGAAGCAGCUCAGGGUUCAGACCUGUUCUAUUGGCGAGAACUCCAACAAGCAAAAAUCUAGUUCAGCUACCACAAACCGGGCGUUGCAUGAAGUCGUGCUGAAUGAGUCCAUCCGUUACAAGCCUGGCGAUGUAGUGGAGAAGUGGCUGACUGAUCUGCUUUGCCUGGACGUGACCUCUGUGACACCUGUCUUGUCUGGCUGCCCUCCACCUGACAGCUGCGAGCUCUACUACAUCAACAGAGACACUCUGUUCUGCUACCACAAAGCGUCUGAAGCGUUCCUGCACAGAAUCAUGGCAUUGUAUGUAGCCUCGCACUACAAAAACACGCCAAAUGACCUUCAGCUGAUGUCGGACGCGCCUGCUCACCACCUCUUCUGCCUGUUGGGCCCUGUGGACCCCAACCAGACGUCACUUCCUGAGGUCCUGGUGGUAGUUCAAGUAUGCCUCGAGGGAAAUCUGUCCAAGGAGACCGUCGCCAGCGGAAUGCAAAGAGGCAAGAAGGCUUCUGGAGAUCUGAUUCCUUGGAAUAUUGCGGACCAGUUCAAGGACCAGGACUUCCCCUGCCUCAGCGGUGCCAGGAUCGUGCGUAUCGCCACCAAUCCCGAAUACCAGGGAAUGGGUUAUGGCUCAAGGGCGAUUGAGAUUCUCAAGCAGUACUACAGCCUUCAAAUCCCAGCCAUUGACGAAAAGAGCCGGCCGGCGGAGGCCAUCGUCUCGGUGGAUUCAGAGAGCGUUGGACUGCUUGAUGAAGUCAUUGAGCCGCGCAAGAGCCAUCCUCCUUUGAUGCUAAAGCUGAGUGAGCGCCCUGCUGAGAAACUGGACUACAUCGGAGUGUCCUUUGGUUUAACACAGGAACUCCUUAAGUUCUGGAAAAAGUCGCAUUUCGUGCCUGUCUACAUCAGGCAAACUGCUAAUGAAUUGACUGGAGAGCAUUCGUGCAUCAUGCUGAGCGUGCUGGACGACCAAAAUGGAAGGGAGACCACUUGGCUGAGAGAGUUCUGGGUAGAUUUCAGGCGCCGCUUCAUCUCGCUCCUUGGCUACCAGUUCAGAACGUUCUCACCCUCUUUCGCCCUGAGCGUCUUGCAGAACAAAAUGUGGAAAGACGAUUAUAGACAAAUGUCGGCUGCUGAACUGGACGUUCACUUCACCCAGUACGACCUGCAGAGACUGGAAAAGUACUGCAACAACCUGGUCGAUUACCACCUCAUCAUGGACCUGAUGCCAACCCUUGCAAAGCUACACUUUCAGAAGCACUUGGGCGACACGCACAUUUCGGCUGUGCAAGCGGCGAUCCUGUUGGGCGUUGGCCUGCAGCACAGAACCAUCAAUGAAAUUUCUGAGGAGCUGGAUGUCAUGCCUUCUCAGUUGCUUGGUCUGUUUAACCGCACCAUUAGGAAAGCCCUCGCCCACCUCAGGGGAAUUGUGGAGAAGUCGACUGAAGCCCAGCUUGUGCCCAUUCCCAAGAGUAAUGGUUCGACCCAGCUUCGUCCAACUGAGCAAACUCUUGAACAGGAACUGGAUGAAGUUGCUAAGGAUCUCAAAGCCAAGCAGAAGAUAGAGCUUGAGCUUUUAAAGAAGGAGAACUUGGCCCAGUACGCUAUCAAAGGAUCGGAGGACGAUUGGAGCAAAAUUCUUUCUAGUAACUCCACCAAAAGCAUGAUUUCAAUUAAAAGUGGACUGAAGCGUGCUGUUGAAGAAUCUAAAAACACACUUCUCGACAAAGCGGCUGAGUUGCCACAGAAAAAGAAAAAGAAGAAAUCUGUCAAAAAAUAAUUUUUAUUUUAGCUAAUAAAGUUACGCCAAAAAGGAGUAUGUUUAAAAA